UUAUUAGUCGAUCAAACACUUUAGUGAACAUAUUAGGAGUUGCAAAACGCUUCAGAUCACCCUAGCAGAAAGACGUCUCGCGUCAACGUAUGCAUUUCUAGUCACACGAUCACGCUCGAGAUCAGAUUGAAUUCGCAGAAUUCACUGUACCGACCGCUUGAAUGAGUAUAAAAGUGCCAGACCAUCUGUGAUAGCGUAUCAAAAGACUAGACUAGACACAAGUGACAAGAUGAAGCUCUUCGCUAUGAUCACCUUGUUGGCGCUGGCGGGACUCGAAGGACUUCCAGUUGAUACGAAACAUUAUGACUACAAUUGUGAAACUAGAACCGGAAACUACGAAGGCGACAUAGUGCUAACGGAGCGGCAAGGAGAAAUAGUCAUUUCCGGAAGGGACCCAGUGGUGACGGAUGUGGAUAAAUGGGCUAACAAUGUGGUCCCUUAUGUUAUUGAAGCCGAAACCUUGACAUCUGAGAACGCCAAACUGAUUCGAGAAGCUAUGACCAAGAUCGAAGACGAGAGCACUGUCCGGUUUGUCCCGAGGAAGCAAGAUCGAGACUAUCUGGUCAUUUCCGGCGAAACAAGUGGAUGUUGGUCAACGUUGGGUCGAAAUCGAGGCCUUAACCGCAUGAACAUCUCGCCUAGCGAAUGCAUGUUGGAAGGAGCUAUCGUUCAUCAACUGCUGCACGUUCUCGGUUUUGGACACGUGACCAAUCAGCAGGAUCGAGACUACUAUUUGGAUAUCGUUUGGGAUAACGUUCGACCGGAACACGCGCAGAGUCUGAAACUGCACGAGGGGCGUAUCUUGCCAAAUUAUGGCAUGCCGUUCGACAUGGAAAGCAUUAUGCACUUUGGACAAAACCAUUUCAGUCGAGACGGAGCGGACACGAUCAUCCCGAAGAAUAAGGAUCACACUAUUGGACAGCGACAAACGAUGAGUUUCAAGGAUGUUCGUAAAUUAAAUAUUAUGUAUCCUUGUGGGUACUGUUAGGUUAGUCUUCAGUUCAGAAAUUUGAUAACUGCUUAUUUAUUAUGUAACACUGUUAUAGUGAGCAAUGACAAUGACUUGAUGUAUAUAAAUAUGUACUCCCAAGUAACAUUUUCAUCUGAGCAACAGUGUAUUCAGCAAAAAUAUACUCAUUUGAGCCGAUUAAGCUGUUACACGGCUGCAAAUGUUACUUAACAGCCCAAGUACCGUAAACUAUGGAAAUAAAACAAUUCGUGCCAUUUAAACCGUAAA